AUGUCGGGAAAGAACGAGCAAGGAAAGAUGGACGUUACUCAAAAGAAUGUCUUCAACGCGCCUCUCCACAAACACUCCUCCGAAGCCAAAACCCCCUCUAACCCCCCCUCCUCUAUCAGCGCUGGGAUGUGCACAAGCAAUAACCCAAUCGCUGCCAUCCUUACAAACUCCUUCCUAGACUUCUCCUCCUCGAACGGCACCGACCUACGAAAAGCUGGCAUCGGACCAGGCCAACGAUUCUGCCUGGAAGCGUCGACGUGGAAGAGCGCUGCAGAUAAAGGCAUUGGAGAGGUACCGAGGGUAAAGCUCGAGGCGACCCAUGAGGGUGCGUUGAAGAGUGUGGAUCUAAAUACGCUGAAGAAGUGGGCGGCGGAGCAGGACAAUCAGGGGAAGGUUGUGCGACCAGGUGAAGAUAAAGAGAGUUGGGCGAGGGAAAGUAAGGAGAUUGGAGGAAAGGAACCGAAGUCCUAG